GCGCUGCCCCGGAGAUGGCCGCCACGGCGCUGAGGGUCCUUUCCGCUCCCCCGCGGAGCCGCCCGGCCGCUGCGGGCCGGAGCCGCCCCCAUCGGUCCCUACGGCUACUGCAGCGGCCCCACGCCCUGCCCUGCCCUGCCCUGCCCUGCCCUGCCCUGCCCGCGCGAAGUACCGAGCGCCGCCUGACGCCGCCGAGCCGUGAGUGCCAGCCUCCGGCGGGCCUGCGCGCCCGGCCCCGCCGCUGCCCGCCAGGGCCAACCCCCUGCGGCGGUCCUCGCUGCCCUGCCCGGGCGAGGGGAGGCCCCGCCGGCAGGUGGGACGCGCCGCCGGACCUCGGCGUUACUUGGGGUGCACUUGGCGGGCCCUGGCCUCUCGGAGCCGGGGUGGGGGCUGCUGCUCCGUCGCCACAGCUACGGGUGCUUGGCGUUGUGGGGAGGAGGAACGUGCUCGUUACGCCGACCUGGCGUGUGACGGGAGAGUGGUGCAGGGCGACGCUUGCACCCUUUGAGUCAUACCUGUGCAGCAGUGCUGUCAUAACCAACUUCUUCCCCGGCUGCUUGUUCCCUGCCCUACACUGCCCCUUCUUUCUGGGCAGUACACCAGCGUGCGAGGCCACACUGCCCACCAAAUGAGGGACCUGACCAAGUGGAGUCACCGCUUCCCACCCUCUUCACCCUGGAUGUUGCCAGCAGCAACACUGGCUUCAGUAAGCCUCCUUCCUUUGCCCUUGCACAAUCCGUGAGUCGUCUGAAAUGCUCUGCAGAGCUGAAAUAGAGAACAGAUUUGACAGAAAAAUAGCAUUUUUUAAGACUGGUUGUUUUUCAAUGGGAUCAGUUCAGUUGAGCCCAUUCAACCUGUAACUAACUGAGCAAACACCAUGUUCUCCAAACAGUGGAGAAGGAGAGGUGAGAGCAGGAAUAAGGUAAGGACCCAGGGCUGUUGAAUGUCUCAAAAAAUGGUGCAUCCGUGUGUACCCUUCUGAUACAACCAGCCACCUGGGGAGUUGAGCUAAACUGUUGUACUCUGCACUGGAGCAGAGCUGGAGUGCUGUAAAAAAAGAGCAUCUGACUAAGCAGUAACUAAUAGCCGAGGCGGCAGCACCUUUAGCAGCUGUAGUCAUUUUGGAAAUGAACUUGUGACUAUCCCCUAAACCACAGCUACCUCAAUAGCCGACCUUACCCUGAAUUAGGAAAGAUUUAUUCUUCUGUUUUCCUACUCUGAGAGCAUUUCAGACUAAGUGAGAUGAAAUAAAAACACAUUUAAAGAAAUUAUAUUGGUAGAUGAAGACUCUAAAGUAAAGUUUUAAAAUGGGCAACACUAAAAUAA